AUGACUGAGCGCUCGCCCAAGGGCCAAGGCAUGGUCGAUGAAGCACGCGUCCCCCUUCUCGCGUCGCCAAUCGCCGUUCCGGCAAUUCAAACUCCAUUGCCAGCACCAUCACAUUGCACCCAUUGUUCGUGGCCGUGGACAUAUGUGGUAUUACUCUGCAUCACGCUAUCUCUCGUUUCUGAUACUGGAGACUAUCUCUAUACAGCACCAAGAAUCCGCCUCCUUGAAUCUGUCGCCUGCACACAGUUCUACUUGCAGUAUGACCCGUCGCUGGUUGGCCGAGAUGGAUAUGUCCCCGAGACGCUCUGCAAGGUUGACCCGGUGCAAAAUGAACUAGCAUCAGUCAUGGGAUGGCAGCUGUUCUUCGACAGCAUACCGGCUAUCCUCUUACCACUUCCAUUUGGGUACUUGGCAGAUAGAUUUGGUCGAAAAUGGAUUUUGGUACUGUCAAUGGUUGGGUUCAUGCUUACUUGGGUGUCGACUUUGUCCAUUGUCGGUGUGUUCCACUGGCCACUGCGAUACGUGUGGCUAUCAUCCCUCUUCAACUUGAUCGGCGGCGGCUCACCUAUCGGCACAACAAUGCUCACAACGAUUGUUGCCGAUGUUGUACCACCAGAAUUAAGGAGUACGGUGUUCUUCUACCGGUUCUGCGCCGAUAUGAUUGCUGAGUUCCUGGUGUCUCCUAUCACCUCAGUUCUGAUGCGGAGAAACAUAUGGAAUCCACUAUUGGCUGCUAUUGGCUUUCAAGCCUGCGCGAUCGCGGUAGCGCUUAUAUUACCAGAGACCCUGCCAGAUGCUACAUCUGAACAAGAGGGUACGAUACCCGAUGAAGACUCAUUAGCAUCCUCUCCCAUCGCAGAAACCGACGAUGAGCCCUUGCUAGAUAUGAAAAGUUUAAACUGGCUCCAGAGAAUUAAGAAGUCAUACGGCUUCGUUCUACGCGAUGCUGCUGUAGCUGCUUUAGUGUUGACGUUUUUGUUUUCAAAGUUUGGACGCUCAGCCAACACCGUCCUCCUUCAAUACGCGUCGAAGAGAUAUGGAUGGGAUCUCGCUGAAGCCGGAUUACUUCUGUCCUUGCGGGCGGGUGUGAACUUGAUCUUAUACACCAUUAUACUCCCUUUCAUUAUCAACUUCAUUCUUUCGAACAAGAGCGCGGCGUAUAAGGACCUGCUGAUCGGACAAGCCAGCGUCGUCUUUAUGGCACUAGGCGGUCUCAUACUAUUCGCGUCCUGGAGCGCACCACUGAUGAUUACAGGGCUGAUCGUCUACACUCUCGGUACAGGGUUUCCCCCGGUAGCUCGCAGUCUGGUAACAUAUCUUGUCGAGUCCCACCAUGAAAACAGAACGAGCGACAUUGGACGACUCUAUGCUCUCAUCUCUGUUAUGGAGGGUGUAGGGACUCUCCUAGCCGGGCCGGGGAUGGCUUGGGCGUUCCGUUGGGGUAUGAGCCUGGGACCGGCGUGGCUUGGCAUACCUUUUGGGUUUUCUUCCAUUCUUUUUGCGUUAAUAGCCGUUAUUGUAUUCCGAGUCAAGGUGUAG